GUUCCACUACCAGGACGGGCAGCUUCCCGCAGACUGCUGCUACGAGCUGGUGCGGCUGGCCCGGCAGAGCGGCUACGUGGUGGCGCGGGAAGUCCCAGGCCAGCGACACGAGGCCAUGUGCGUGGAGCUUCGCUGCGCGGACACGGACGGCUCAGUGGUGCACGUCAAGGACAAAGAGAGGUCGAGCUUUUGGAGCCACGUUGCCGAGCCGCCGCUGGAGGACAAGGUCCAGGGGAACUGGCGGGUGCACACGGUGCGGGGCUGCGACGUACUGCCGACCUGCGGGGUGCAGGAGGCGCUUCGCUGCCGAGAAGCCUAUGGCGGAUGCUUUGCCAGGAAGCUGUGCCGGGAUCACGAGAGGAGCCACUGCUCUAUGGGGGAGGAUUGCAAGUUCGCGCACAGGCGGCUGAAGAGGGAAGGACACGCGAUUGGUGCGCAGGGCCUCGUUGAAAACCUGGCGAAAGAGAACUGCAAGGUUUGCGAUCCGCAGCUGCGCGGGGUGCUGUGGGAGUUCAUGUUGGAGGGACGUCUGCGGGUGCGACUGGACCAGCUGCUGGAGAGGUGGGGCAAUAGCUCGGCUUUGCAACAGCUCCGACAGGAAGUGGAGGAGGGCAGUCUGAAUCUGCUGGUAGCAGCGAAGUCUGCCCAGCUGGUGAAUGACUGGCAGCAGCGUGUGCGGGAUGACCUUGGCUCAGCCCUGCAGAAGCCAGAGGAGGUCCAGGUCUUUGUAUCCCCGGUGCUGACGGCCCCCCCGCUCAAGCUCUUGGAAUGCUUGGAGAAGGCCUUCAAACAGGAGCUGCUUACUAUGCGGCUCGCGCAUGUGGCGGCCAUAACCAGAUCUUGCUUUGCUCUUCACAUGAGAUACUCGCGCUGGAUAUGGCUGGCCCAGCAUUCUGGAUAUUCCUUUUUCAAGCAGAAGCGCCUCCGCAACUACAUCUUGAAGAAGUCGUGCCAGUACUUCAACGGUAAGUGGGCCGCGACCAGCGACACCAAGCAGCGAGAGAUAGAUCUGAAUUCCUUUAUGGGGGACUACUUCGAGUGGCCCUCCGCCGGCGUCUUGUUGGAGUCUGCGCGCCUCUUCGGGCCGGUAUCCCUGCGGCCAUCUGCUUCAAGCAGAUCCCGGCUGGCGGCCCUGUUCUGCAUCCUUUGGACCUUGGAGACCGGCAUGAGCCCAAAAGAGGAGGAGGAGGGAGAUGAAGAUGAUGACUUGGACAGCACGGAGGACUUGGAGGAACGGGCCAUGACCUUCAAGGAGAUCUUUCCGCCUCCCUUCCCAGGUGAGUUGACUACUUGGCCGCCCCUCAGCUCACCCACGCAGAUGGUGCAGGACACCUUCGCCAAGCGGAAGGCUCAGCCGAGGCCCGUGGUUAGAGGCACGCGCGUUCUGCGGCUGUCCUCUGCCUUCUUCCUCCUACGAAGGAUGCUGGAGGCUCUGAAGUAUCAGGUGCCCGUUGACUCGGAGGGCACCUGCACGCUGGAGUGCGCUAGGAGCUUGCUGGAAGCUGCCGGCCUGGAGCACCAGUGGGUGGAGCACCAGGGGCGCUUCAGCAUGGACCUCUUGACAGCCAUGCUGGUUGCGAAGUGGCGCACGGGAAGGUCCGGAUGCAACGCGCAGGAGAUUCUGAGCGGGUUCCUGGUGGCGCACUCUUUGACCCGGGGCCAAGGGCGCAGCCAUGCCCUUCGCAGGGGCAUCACUGGGCUUCUGUGGCGUCAUGAACGCCUGCGCGGGCGGCUCCCGAUGGUGUCUCGUGGAGGAAGCGUUGGUAUGGGUCUGGACACAUCCAGCUCAGACCACGACAUCUUCCUGAAGAUCAAGGACGGGGACGAGCACAUGGUCCAGCUCCUUUAUGAAGUGGUGUGCGACUUGAGGGCUGGACCAGGAAAGCACUUACGCUUGGAUCGCGCCACCAUUGUGCGAAAGGACUUUGCAGUGGGGAUCCGCGGCUACUACCGCGACAAGGACUUUGACUUGGUGCCUUAUACCACGCUGCCGGGUGACAAGGAUAGGGAGGUCCAGUGGGAUCCGCAGCGGCAAGUCUGGCAGCCCAUACUCCACAGCGAUCUGGCGCCCAAGCUCCAACAGCUCUCAGAGCAUCAUCCGGAAGGGUUUCUCACGAUGAGGCUCCUGAAGCUCUGGAACGAGGCUUUGCCGAAGAUCCGUGGUGGCAAGGCUCCGCUGGUGUCGCUCCACAUCCCUUUGCUGCAGCUGGCAGCAGACCAGCCCUGCGAGAGCCCCCAGUGCCGCCUGCUGGCUUCAAUGCGGUUCAUCCGCGACACCUGGCGCGCGAAAGCCCUCGACUCGUCGGCGCUUUUGGAGGUGCGGGCGGAGCCACAUUUGGCGAGGAUGGCAGCCAAGUAUGCAGCAGAAAAGGGGAUGGAGGGCUUUGAUGAGCUGAUUGACCAGUCCAUUGGGAUUCUGGAAGGUGCAUGCGCAGAGGGAGGGGCCGACAAGAGGGCUGCCGAGAGGGUCAUCUCUGCGGCCUGCUCCUUGUUCGGGCUGAGGAAUUCUUCGUCUUGA